AUUGAAACCUAAAUUAGUACCACUAUCCCAACAUCUACGAUACAACAAAACAUCCUUCAGGCAAAAAUGUCCGAACCAAUCCCCGAAGCGAUCCCAACCUCCCAAGACCCACGCAACAAACGACCGACAAAACGUCGCGCCCUCUCCCCGGCUUCCGCCCAAGCCACCGCCCUAACAAACCUCUUCUCGAAGCCCGAUCGAGAAAUACACAUGCCCACCAAUCCCAAAACCAAAGUCCUCCCUCCGCCCCCUGAGAUCGUCACAAACGUUCAGGGAUCCAGCGCGGGAGCUGGAUCAGGCGAGUUCCAUGUUUACAAGGCCGCACGGCGGAGGGAGUAUGAGAGGAUACGGUUGAUGGAGGAGGAGGGAUGA